AUGGCCAGUAAGCGCAAGAGCGAAGCUACUACUGCUGACAUGUGCGUGCGGGAUCUCAACGAGAUCACGUAUAUUGCUUGGAUAAACAAGCAGCUCGCAGCCGAACGCAAGCCCGCCGGCCCGUUGCCCGAAGGAACGCGUGAGGCGGGGAAGACUUCUUACCAAGCCUUGCGUGAUGUCCCUUCUCGCGGACGUCGUGUGACUGACCGGGUUGCCUCCUCUCGCGUCAUGGACGAUGACGCGUUCGGUAACGAGGACGAUGACUUGGAGUACAACGAGUGCGACAACGGCACCAAAGACGAGGCGGACUCUGGAAAGGAAGAGGACAAGGGUAUGUCCGACUCUGAGGAAGAGAUCGACGCCGACGAUGCCAAUGGCGACGAAGAUGACGCCCCUGAGGAGGCGCAGCCCGCAGAACCCAAGUCUCGCUGCGGCCGUACCACGACCGCAGCCGCAGUCAAGACCGCCGCUAAGGGCGGUGAACCUCCUCGAGGCGCGGCCAAUACGCUCAACAUGCACCCGAUUAAGCGCGGCCGCCUGCAGGUUGCAGAGACGGCUACCAUGGCCGCCAAGUUUGUCUGCGAGACCAUUAAAGGCUGUCAAUCAAAUAGGCUCGAAGGCCUCGUCCGCGCAUGGAUGGAGCAGGACGAGCGUAUUGCGCGCGAACACCAGGUGCAGCGCGCCUCUACUCCGCCGGCCCGCAACGACAUCCUCGAUGACGCGGACAACCAGCCUGCAACGAACGCUGCCAAAGGCGGCGACGACGAAUGGUUCCAUCGCAGGCAGGCUGGUGAUAGCGCCUCUAACCCGAAUGCGGCCGAGGAGGUGUAG